CAAAUUCAAACAAAAAAAACAAAUUUGGAUUGGCUAUAAAUAACAUUCAUGAGUUCUACUUCAAACCACCCAAUUCGAAGUAUUUCUGAUCUCCAAACCAACCACUUUUUACAAAAAAUGUCUGUUCGAUCAACUGGGUACACGGUUACUGAAGAUGUGCUCCUUUGUCAAGUAUUCUUGGAUAUUUCUCAAGACCCUAUUAUCGGUAGAAACCAGUCUCGAGAUGCAUUUUGGUCUCGUGUGGAGGACAAAUACAAUGAACUUCGAGAUCAGCAUUUUGAGAUGCGUACGAGCCGAUCAAUUCGUUCUCGAAUGGAAAUUAUAAGUAAUGAAGUAAGGAAAUUGAAUGCGUGCUUGAGACAAGUAGAGAAUCUGAAUCCAAGUGGUGCUUCAGAUGAAGAUAUUUUAGUUCGAGCAAAGAUGUUAUUUAUGCAAGAACCGAAGUACAAAAAAGGUUUCAAAUUUGAUCAUGUCUGGAAUAUGGUUAAAAAUUUCGAAAAAUUCAAAGAUGAUGUCCCCACAGCAAGACAAGUUGGUCGAAGACAAUCCCAAAGUGUGAACUUCGACUCGUCACAAUCAGAUAAUCCCACUCCGGAAUCUCCUAUAUCAACAUCUCCUGGAUUGUCAUCAUUUACUCCAUCUGAAUGA